GCGGACAUGUUUGUGGAGCGCCUGUGAGUCAGGAGGAGCUUGCGGCAUCAUCAUCAUCCGCGAACCGCAAGAGGGAGACCAGCCCUGUGUGCCCUCGGGCGGAGGAAGGAAGGACAGCGCCGAGCGAAGUAAUGACCGUGCGGGCCGGGGAGUGAAGCAGCACGGGGAACGUACCGAGAGCCGGCCGCCUCCUACUAAAAGCUGUCACUCGGGCCCCGCUAACCCGUGCCCCGGGCCUGUGUGUAUGUGUCCGGCCGGGGCCCCUGGGGAGGAUGCCGGGGGCCGUUACGCUGCAGGAGCCGGUGACGGAGCACGGAGCUGAGAUACACGGCUUCCUCCUCCUCCUGUGAGGCCCGGGAGACGAGCACUGCAUCCGCCUCAGCAGCACCUCCCCGCCCGCAGCCAUGUCUACCGGGGAGAGCUUCGACUCCCGCUUCGCCAAGAUAGACGUCCUCCUACGGGACCCAAAGUCUGAGGUGAACACGGACUGUCUGCUGGAUGGCUUGGACGCAAUGGUGUAUGAUUUGGACUUCCCCGCGAUGAGGAAAAACAAGAACAUUGACAACUUCUUAAAUCGAUAUAAAGACACAAUAAGUAAAAUUCGUGAUUUGCGAAUGAAAGCUGAAGAUUACGAAGUAGUUAAGGUCAUUGGCAGAGGAGCUUUUGGUGAAGUCCAGCUGGUAAGGCACAAAUCUUCCAGAAAGGUGUAUGCCAUGAAGCUUCUAAGUAAGCUGGAGAUGAUAAAGAGGUCAGACUCUGCAUUCUUCUGGGAAGAAAGAGAUAUUAUGGCCUUUGCCAACAGUCCUUGGGUUGUGCAGCUAUUCUAUGCUUUUCAAGAUGAUCGGUAUCUUUACAUGGUGAUGGAGUACAUGCCGGGAGGAGACUUAGUAAAUUUAAUGAGCAACUAUGACGUACCUGAGAAAUGGGCACGUUUCUAUACAGCUGAAGUAGUUUUAUCCUUAGACGCCAUUCAUUCAAUGGGCUUCAUUCAUAGGGAUGUGAAGCCUGACAAUAUGCUGCUUGACAAAUCUGGUCAUUUAAAACUUGCAGAUUUUGGUACUUGUAUGAAGAUGAACGCGGAAGGAAUGGUACGAUGUGACACUGCUGUAGGAACUCCUGACUACAUUUCCCCUGAAGUAUUAAAAUCACAGGGAGGUGAUGGUUACUAUGGACGAGAAUGUGAUUGGUGGUCUGUCGGAGUGUUCCUUUAUGAAAUGCUUGUAGGAGACACUCCCUUCUAUGCAGACUCUCUGGUUGGUACAUAUAGCAAGAUUAUGAAUCACAAAAACUCUCUUACAUUCCCAGAAGACAGUGACAUUUCAAAAGAGGCAAAAAACUUGAUAUGUGCAUUCCUCACAGACAGGGAAGUCCGGUUGGGGCGGAAUGGGGUUGAAGAAAUUAAGAGACAUCUUUUCUUCAAAAAUGACCAAUGGGCAUGGGAGACUCUUAGAGACACUGUAGCCCCUGUAGUACCGGAUUUAACAAGUGACAUUGAUACAAGUAAUUUUGAUGAUCUGGAGGAAGAUAAAGGAGAGGAAGAAACAUUCCCAAUACCGAAAGCAUUUGUGGGGAACCAGCUUCCAUUUGUAGGAUUCACAUAUUACAGUAACAGACAGUAUUUAUCUGACCCUGCUUCAAAUGCUGAUGACAAUAGAUCCAGUUCCAAAGUUGAUAAAAACCUGGUGGAGAACUUGCAGAAGAGCAUAUAUCAGCUGGAGGAGCAGUUACACAAUGAGAUGCAGUUAAAGGAUGAGAUGGAACAGAAGUGCAGAAUGUCCAACAUUAAACUAGACAAGAUUAUGAAGGAACUGGAUGAAGAAGGCAAUCAAAGAAAAAACUUGGAAUCGGUCGUGUCUCAAAUUGAGAAGGAAAAGAUGAUGUUACAGCACCGAAUGAAUGAGUACCAAAGAAAGGCAGAGCAAGAGAGUGAAAAACGUAGGAAUGUAGAAAACGAAGUAUCAACAUUAAAAGACCAGUUGGAAGACUUAAGGAAAAUAAGUCAGAAUUCUCAGUUGACUAAUGAAAAAAUAGCACAGUUACAAAAGCAAUUGGAGGAAGCCAAUGACUUCUUAAGAUCGGAGUCAGACACUGCUGUAAGAUUGAGGAAAAGUCAAAAUGAGAUGAGCAAAACUAUUUCACAAUUGGAAGCACUUAAUCGGGAAUUGCAAGAUAGGUGUCGGCUAUUGGAAAGUGCCAAAUUGCAAGUGGAAAAGGAUUUAUUUCAGUUACAGGUGGCCUUGGAUUCAGAGAGGAGGGACAGGAGUCAAGGAUCAGAACUUAUUGGGGAUUUACAAGCAAGAAUGUCCUCUUUGCAAGAAGAAUUGAAGCAUCUCAAACAUAACCUUGAAAGGGCAGAAAUGGACAGAAAAGAGGCAUUGGAUCUUCUGAACAAGUCGGAAAAAGAAAAAAACAAUGUAGAAAUUGAGCUGGACUAUCAGCUAAAAUCUUUGCAACAGCGGUUGGAUCUAGAGAUCAAUGAACAUAAGGUGACAAAGGCAAGACUGAGUGACAAACACCAGUCAUUUGAGGAAGAAAAGUCAGUUGCUAUGUGUGAAAUGGAAUUGAAAGUGAAAGCAGAAAGGGCAGCGAAGGAGAAAGCAGAGAGUCGGAGGAUGGAGAUAGAGAAGCAGUGUUCAAUGCUGGAUUUUGACCUCAAACAGUCACAUCAGAAAUUAGAGCACUUGUUUCAGCAAAAAGAGAGGCUGGAAGAGGAGGUGAAACAGCUGACACUGCAGCUGGAGCAUGAGACAAAGAAGAGAAUAGUUGUGCAGAAUGAACUGAAGGUGCACGCCUUUGAGGCAGAUAACCUGAAGGGAUCUGAAAAACAUCUGAAGCAGGAAAUAAAUACAUUGUUGGAAGCAAAAAGGUUGUUGGAGUUUGAGCUGGUGCAGUUAACAAAGCAGUACAGAGGCAAUGAGGGGCAAAUGAGGGAACUUCAGGAUCAACUUGAAGCUGAGCAGUACUUUUCAACACUAUACAAAACUCAGGUUAAAGAACUUAAAGAAGAAGUUGAGGAGAAGACAAAGAUAAGCCAAGAACUGGAUAAGAAAUUACAUGAACUGCACAAUGAAAGAGAAACUCUAGCUGCACAGUUGGAUCUGGCUGUGACGAAAGCAGAAUCGGAACAGCUGGCUAGAGCACUCCUGGAAGAGCAAUGCUUUGAAUUGACCCAAGAGAAUAAAAAGCUGUCCACAAGAACCAGACAAGACGUUGUAGACAAGGAUCAUACCAUCCGCAAGUUGGAAGAAGCAAACCAUACAUUGACCAAAGAUGUUCAAGAAUUAACCAAAGAAAAUACAGAAAGGAAUGAAAAGAUUAAUGCUCUGGAAGAAGAGUUUAAAUUGAAACAAGAAGAAAUUAGUAAUCUGAAAAUCACAUAUGAGAAGAAUAUAAAUACUGAAAGGACGCUCAAAACUCAGGCUGUGAACAAACUGGCUGAGAUUAUGAAUAGGAAAGAUUUCAAAUUGGACAGGAAGAAAGCUAACACGCAAGACUUGAGAAAGAAAGAAAAGGAAAACCGAAAGCUUCAGUUGGAUCUUAACCAGGAGAAGGAGAAAUAUAACCAGAUGGUUACCAAAUUUCAGAAAGAGAUGGAAGAUAUGUUAAUGCAAUUAACUGAAGAAAGCAAUACCAGGAAUGAACUUCAGAUGCAACUGGCCAGUAAAGAAAGUGAUAUUGAGCAACUGCGUGCCAGGCUGGCAGAGUUGCAGCUACGUAUGGACUCUACAAGUGUUGCCAGUCUGCAGCCAGAUGAAGCAGAUGGAACGAUUGGUGAAUCCGAAUCAAGAAUUGAAGGCUGGCUUUCCAUUCCAAACAGAGGGAAUAUUAAAAGACAUGGCUGGAAGAAACAGUAUGUUGUGGUUAGCAGUAAGAAGAUACUGUUUUACAAUGAUGAGCUGAAUAAGGAACAGUCCAACCCAUCCAUGGUACUAGAUAUAGAUAAGCUCUUCCACGUCCGCCCAGUUACACAAGGAGAUGUUUAUCGAGCCAAUACCGAAGAGAUCCCGAAGAUAUUCCAGAUACUUUAUGCCAAUGAAGGAGAGUGCAGGAAAGAUUUGGAAUUGGAUCCAGUGCAGCAAGUGGAGAAGACCAGUUUCCUCAACCACAAAGGGCAUGAGUUUAUCCCUACACUCUAUCAUUUCCCAGCAAAUUGUGAAGCUUGCUCUAAACCUUUGUGGCAUGUUUUCAAACCGCCUCCAGCACUGGAAUGCAGAAGGUGCCAUGUUAAGUGCCAUAGGGACCACCUGGAUAAAAAGGAGGAGCUCAUAGCCCCAUGUAAAGUGAGUUAUGAUGUUACAAGUGCAAGAGAUAUGCUGCUGUUGGCAUGCACUCAGGAUGAACAGAAAAAAUGGGUCACUCAUUUACUGAAGAAAAUACCCAAAACGCCACCAUCAAAUUUUGUUCGUGUCUCCCCAAGGAGUAUGUCUACUAGGUCAACAAACCAGUCCUUCCGGAAGCCUACAAAAACUGGUUCAGGAAAAGCUAGCUAAUCUUAGAUGGUUACUGUGCAUUCAUGAAGCUGGUCUUCCACAUUACAGACUGGUGCAAAGAAGCUGCUACAGUAUAUAUAUCAGCAACAGAGUAACAGGCUUUCAGGGUGACUUUUUCUUCCUCUUCCCAUUGCUAAAGCACAGAAAGUGUGAAUGAGGGUCUUUUCUUGUGGGCUUGUCUAAAGAUAGAAUAGAUGGAUUAUUACUAUGUAAUGCCAGUUGUUAAAGCUUAGCUAUGUUUAUUUUCAUAUAUAUAUUUAUAUUAUUCAAAUCAAUGUAAAGAUGUUCUUUGGAUAUCUAUGAAAGCCUGUUGGUUAUAAUGGAAAGCAAGCGUAUGCACAGUUGAGGAUUGGAGCAACUUCGCCACACGUGUAUAGCAGAGGAAUAUGUCUCAAUGAGUACAGAUGUUCCUGUAUAUUAUCUCCAUCUUCCUGAAGACUACAAAUUCUUGCAAAAAGUGACCACUUGAACUUUAGUGCCUUCACUUUUAGGCUGUUGGUAGCCUUAUGGCAAAAGCACUCGCAGGAGGACGGCGUCUGUUAUGUGCUUUGCGUAUAUAUCACAGCCGUUCAUCAAAGUGAAAGGUCAACCUAUAAUUUUAUCUAUGCAUUUUAUUUCUUUUAUUAUUUUGUUUUUUUUGCCAAGCCAUAUUGAAAUGUGUUUAAUACAUAGAGGCAUUAGAAACUAACAGUACAAUCCAAGUUUUAUGUGUGUUUUGAAUACAUUGUUUUUGUUCAUUUUGUAUUGUUUUUUUUUGCCUUACACUUUUUAAAGAUAAAGAACGUUAAGUUAACGGACAUAUAAAAUAUGUAUGCACUGUGUGGACUUGUAAAUUAUUUGUUAGAACACUUUAUUGGGUAUUGCUUUUGUUUUCCCUUUUUAGUGCCUUAUGUCAUUUAUUUUACUGCCAUGUUUUCUCUUCAUUUUAUGGGCACAAAACGUAUAUACUGAAAAAAUACCCUUUCCAGUUAACAGGUUUCAUCAGUGUCAUUUCACACUGCUUUUAAUGGAGGGAGAUAGAAAUGCCAUUUGCAAAUGGGUUUAGAUACAAAUGUUGAUUUUAAUUUUAUUUUUAUUUUAUUUUUAGAUGUCCGUUUUACAUUCCUAGUAGAUUAACCCAUUAUUUCUAGGGUUUUAAAGCUCUGGUUAGCUCCAUAUUGGAGCUAAUCAAUAUUUUAGCCAGCAACCAUCUAGUAAUGUGUCAGGACUAUCCUGUUGCUGUCCAGCAAUAGACCUUAAAGGCCAGGCCUUGAGCAGGUACACAAGGAGUUGCAGCUGGUUCCAUUGACCUGCCCAUUCCUUACAAUUACAAUCAUUGAACGUUAUUGCUUGGAAGAUAUUUUCUGCUAUUCUUUAGUCUGCUUUCUUUCUUGGUUUUUGAGAAGACAUAUCAUGUGGUUUCUGAACAAUCACUGAGCUAAACUACCUGCUAUGGUUUGUUUUAAAAUAUGCUGAGCAUACAAGCUUGAAAGCAUUAAAAUAGUGUUUCACGUUUUUAUAAACUCUUGAUAAUAUAUGGAUUCUAAUGUAAAUGUUUCUGCUUAUUAGCAGAAACAGAUUAAGAUAUGGGCAAUAAUGGUUUAUUUGUAUUUUUUUUUUUUUUUUUUUUUACCAAAUACCUCCUCAAUAAUUUAUAAUGGCUUUGCAGUUUCAUUUCUUAAACAAAAAUAGAAAAAAAAAAAGCACUGGAACCCUAGUUUGUCUGAAGGUGACUUGCAUGUUACAAGUGGUAUUGAAUCCGCACUGAUGGAUAUGUAAUAAUAAACAUAUCUGUUAUUAAUAUGCUAAUGACUGUGUGAUCAUUUUGAAAAGAAAUAAAAAAUUAUUUAUAGAA